AUGGCGGACGAAGGCGCUGUCACCGUCUGUGUUCGAGUGAGGCCACUCAUUAGCAGAGAACAAGACCUAGGUGAUGCCGCACAACUUCACUGGAAGACUGAAGAGAGACUGAUUUCUCAGACUGAUGGAACAAGAUCCUUUAGUUUUGAUCGUGUGUUUCAUUCCAAUGAAACUACGGAAAAGGUAUAUGAAGAAAUGGCAGUACCAAUUAUACGUUCUGCCAUACAGGGCUAUAAUGGUACCAUAUUUGCCUAUGGACAGACUGCUUCAGGAAAAACCUAUACAAUGAUGGGUUCCGCAGAUGGUUUGGGUGUAAUACCCAAAGCAAUUAAUGAUAUUUUCAUAAAGAUUAAGGAGAUUCCUGAAAGAGAAUUUCUUUUACGUGUAUCCUAUAUGGAAAUUUACAAUGAAACUAUAACAGAUUUACUCUGUGACAGCAGGAAAAGGAAACCUUUAGAAAUUCGGGAAGAUUUCAAUAGAAAUGUGUAUGUAGCUGAUCUCACAGAAGAGGUGGUUUCCACACCAGAGCUGACUCUGCAGUGGAUCAAGAAAGGAGAGAGAAACAGGAAGACAAAAAUGAGUCAGAGAAGUACUCGUUCCCAUACAAUUUUCAGAAUGAUUUUGGAAAGUAGAGAAAAGGGUGACGCUUUCAACUCUGAUGGAGCUGUCAUGGUAUCUCAUUUGGAUCUGGUUGAUCUUGCAGGCAGUGAAAGAGACAGUCAGACUGGAUCUGAAGGAGUUUGGCUUGAAGGAUGCAAUAAUAGGAGUUUGUGUAUAUUGGGACAAGUGAUCCAGAAGCUUAAUCUAGACACACAGGAAGAACUAGAAAUUGCUCAGAUGUGUCAGAAGGAAUACCGACAGACAAUUGACAAAUUGGAAGAAUUCAUUUCAGAGAAAGAAGCUUCAGAGAAAACCAUUGCUAUAUUACAAAAAAAGAUUCAAGAACUUGAGGCAAAACGAGAACAAACUUUUAGUAUUAGAGGGGAAGUCAAUGAAGUUCAAGAAAAAAUGAAUGAAAUAGAACAAUUGAAGGAACUAUUAAAAUCCAAAGAAUCUACCCUGGAGAGGAUAGAGAUGGAAAACCUGGAGCUGGCUCAGAAACUCCAGGCCAGUCUAGAAGAAACAACAUCUGUAACUGAGGAGAGAGAUGAAUUGGCAAAGACACAAGAGGCUCUUCACAGAGAGAGGGACCAACUGAAAGAAGCCAUAAGGGACCUCAUAGCCAAGGAUCAAGAAACAAAAGAAGAACUAAAAUUUGCUGAGAUGUGUCUAAAGGAGCAUGAAGAGACGAUUGAUAUGUUUGAAGAAAGCAUUUUAGAGAAGACAGAUCAAGUGUCAAAGAGUCAAGAAGCUUUAGAGAAAACCAAUGCAGAAUUGCAGGAAAAGAUUCAAGAGCUUCAGGAGCAAAAGGAGCAAGUUUUUAAUAGUAGAAAAGAAGUCACCGAGGCUCAGGAAAAAGUGAAUGAGGUGGAACAUUUGAAGGAGCAAUUAAAGUCCAGAGAUUCUACCCUGGAGAGGAUAGAGAUGGAAAGCCUGGAGCUGGCUCAGAAACUCCAGGCUAGUCUAGAAGAAACAACAUCUGUAACUGAGGAGAGAGAUGAAUUGAGAAAGACACAAGAGGCUCUUCACAGAGAGAGGGACCAACUCAAAGAAACCAUAAGGGACCUGAUAGCCAAGGAUCUGGAAAUGCAAGAAAAACUAAAAGUUGCUCAGAUGGAUCUGAAGGAACACCGAGACACAAUGGAUAAACUGAAAGAAUGCAUUUCAGAGAAAGAAGCUAUAAAGAAAACUAGUGCUGAACUGCAAGAAAAGAUUCAAAAACUUGAGGCCAAACAAGAGCAAAUUUUUAAUGUUAGAGAAGAAGACAGUGAAGCUAAAGAAAAAAUGAAGGAAAAUGAACUCAAAGCCAGUGUUGAAGAAACAACAUCUGUAACUGAGGAAAGAGAUGAAUUGACAAAGACACAAGAGGCUCUUCACAAAGAGAGGGACCAGCUGAAAGAAACCAUAAGGGACCUCGUAGCCAAGGACCAAGAAACACAAGAAGAACUAAAAUUUGCUGAGAUGUGUCUGAAGGAGCACCAAGAGACGAUUCAUAAACUCAAAGAAUGCAUUUCAGAGAAGACAACUCAAGUGUCAAAGAGUCAAGAAGCUUUAGAGAAAACCAAUGCAGGACUGCAGGAAAAGAUCUUAAAGCUUCAAGAAACAGAAGAGAUGCUUCUUAGUGUGGGAAAAGAGGUGAAUGAGACUAAGUUACAAAAGCAAACGCUGUGUCAGUUGGUGGAGCGGCUGAUUCAAACAUUGUCGGCAGUAGAGACAGCGAGACUGGACUUGACCCAGAAACUUGAUUCAAGCCUUAGUAAAAUGAACACUAUCAUCGAGGAAAGAGAUGCCCUGAAGGAGACAGAGAAGGCUCUCCUGAUGGAAGUAAGCCAUUUGAAAGAAAGCCUAAAGAAGAGUGGAGCCCUGGACCAGCAGUAUCUGAAAAAGUUGAUAAACAAUGUAGAAAACCCAAGAACGGAUUUCAAACAAUUUCAUCUUGAAAAUUUUAAACGAAAGUACUUGCAUAUAAAGAGACUUCUGGAGAAAUACAUUAUGUUGGACUAUCGCUCUGGGUUCCUGACCAGACUUUCUUUUUACUUUGAGAGGACAUAUUAUAUCCACAAUCGCCUUCAGGUCAACGCUCACCUAUAUGUUUUUCCUGAAUACUUUGGAAAAAGUCUAGCUGAUGCCUGGAGUCAUAAUAAUAGUCUCCACGCAAAUAUCACCUGCUUCCUGAAAGUCUUUGAGGAAGUGUUAAGGUGUGUCAUAGAAAUGAAAAGAGACCAUCAUAAUACCAUCCACAAAUUUGAAAUGAACUUAAUUGAGGAGGCAGAAAGGCAGAAUGAUUUCUUUAUUAAAAUACAGCAUCUUCAACAGCACUCUGAGAUAAAAUCUCAGAUAUUAAGUGGCUACAAAAAAUUGUGCCAGAAGAUGGAUCUACAUAUUGUGUGGGCACAAGUUGAUGAGAGAAGCCUUAGCAUAAUACAGAAGGAGAAUGAGAGGAUAUUUCAGAAGCAAAACCUGUUUUUAAAUAAAAUAACGUUUCUUGUGAAGGAAUCAUCUGAGUUUGCUAAGAGAAGUGUUGCUGUAUAUAACGAUUGGGAACUUGAACUGAGACAGAUGAAGAACAAGAAUGAAGAAAUGCUAAAGAAAUUUCAAACUGUAAAGACUACCCUUCUACCACUGCAUGAUCCAGGUCCUCUUACUGUAGGAGAAAAUAAGAAACAUCUUAAGACUACAAAGAAAGUAACUUUCAAUCUUACAAAUGAUCCUACAAAAGGUGAAUUUCAAUUUCAUCGUGGUACAGAUGAAUGGAAGAAGGAACGUUCUGAAACUUCAGCUGAAUAGUCCCCUGCUCCCUUCCUUUUUUCUCACAGCAAUUUCAUUCUUCUCAACCCUCCCUUACAGUUUCUGCUGUCUCUGGUGUCACUAGUGAGCACCUAUUGUCAAAUCCAGUAGUAUUUUUUUCCCAGCCUCCUUGACGUCAUCAGCUUUUGACAUUUAUACUGAUGGCUCUUCUUCCCUCACCGUUAAUGUAGGUGUUCCCCAUGCAUCAGCCUUAGGCCACAUCUCUUCUCUCUUGGCUGUUUCAUUUAUUCCAAUGGCUUUGAGAAGUAGAACAUAGUGGACUUGGAGUCAGAAAUGCCUGGAUUUAAAUCCCAAACAGCACGUCACCUUUCUGAGCCUCUGUUUCUUCAUUUGUAAAAUGAGGAUAAUUACUACUUACUUUACAGGCACUCCACAAAUUGGCAGCAUUUCACCUUCUAUUAUUCUGUUACUUCCCUCCUGAACUGAUCAUGCACAAUUGUGAAUUAGACCUUUCUGUGUUGAUAUCUUAUCUCCCAACUAACAACUAUCCUAUCCUGGGAUUUUAGACUUCUGC